AUGAAGUUCGGCGAGCAGCUCCGUUCGAGCAUCAUCCGCGAGUACCAAUGGUACUACAUCGAUUACGAUGCCCUCAAGACCGACCUCAAGACGGCCACCGGCCCCAUCAUAUCUAGCGACAACAAGGGCAAUGGCGUGAAGCGGGAAUGGUCAGAGGAGGACGAGGGCCGCUUCGUCAAGAAGCUCGAGGCCGAGCUCGACAAGGUGCACACGAAGCAGCAGGUCAAGGCCAUGGAGAUCUCGCGGCGCAUUGCCGUGAGCGAGCGUGAGGUCAAGGGCGUCGUCAACCGCCUCAACGAGCGCGGUCCCCGCGAGGAUGGGCCGAGCGAAGAGGAGUUCAUGCUGCUGGAGGAGGACUUGAGCGACAUUAUUGCCGAUGUCCACGAUCUUGCCAAGUUUGUCCAGCUGAACUAUACCGGUUUCUACAAGAUUAUCAAGAAGCAUGACAAACUUACCGGCUGGCACCUCAAGCCCGUCUUCGACACCCGGCUCAAGGCGAAACCGUUCUACAAGGAGAACUACGAUGCUUCUGUUGUGAAGCUUUCCAAGUUGUAUGACUUGGUUAGGACGAGGGGUAACCCCGUCAAGGGUGAUAGUGCUGCCGGCGGUUCCCAGGGCAGCUUCGUUCGUAACACGACGAAGUACUGGGUUCACCCGGACAAUGUGACUGAGUUGAAGCUCAUCAUCUUGAAGCACUUGCCUGUGCUGGUCUUCAACGCAAGCAAAGAGUUCGACCAACAAGACUCGGCCAUCACAUCCAUUUACUACGAUAACCCUGAGACCUGGGAUCUUUACGAGGGUCGUCUUAAGAAGUCCGAAGGCGCCGAGGCUAUCCGUUUGAGAUGGUACGGUGGAAUGCAGAGCGAGAACAUCUUUGUCGAGCGCAAGACCCAUCGCGAGGACUGGACUGGAGAGAAGUCGGUCAAGGCACGAUUCUCGGUCAAGGAGAAGAACGUCAACGCGUACAUGCGUGGCGAGCUGCUGCCCGCCGCUCUCUUCGAAAAGGCCCGCAAGGAGGGCAAGAAGCCUGAAAAGCAGAUUGCUGAGGACGAGAGGCUCGCGAAGGAGGUGCAGUACUCGGUGCUCAAGAAGGGCUAUAAGCCCGUGUGCCGAUCUUUCUACAAUCGUACCGCUUUCCAGCUCCCUGCCGACGCUCGAGUCCGUAUCUCGCUCGAUACCGAGUUAACCAUGAUCCGCGAAGACAACUUGGACGGCCGCACGAGGUCCGGCGACAACUGGAGGCGUAUGGACAUCGGCAUUGACUAUCCAUUCUCGCAACUGCCUCCUGAGGACAUUGUGCGCUUCCCGUAUGCCGUUCUUGAGGUCAAGCUCCAGACCCAGCUCGGCCAAGAACCCCCUGAAUGGGUUCGUCAGCUCAUCUCCAGCCAUCUGGUUGAGGCUGUACCCAAGUUCUCCAAGUUCAUCCACGGAGUCGCUAGCCUUUUCCCUGACCGCAUCGACCUGCUUCCCUUCUGGAUGCCGCAGAUGGAUGUGGACAUUCGGAAGCCGGUUACACACGACUUUGGCAUCCACAGACCGAACCAUUCGACUACAACUACCACAUCAGACGAUGACGAAGACGACGAGUUGGAUUCUGACGAUGAGGAAGGUCCCUUGGUUUCCGCCAACAACGGGGCCACGAAUGGGGAGUCUAGCGGUCAGGGCGCUGCUAGGAACGGAGGGACUGGACUCGACGUCGAAGGUCAGACCGUCGAUACAAUUGCCCCGGUCGAUAACGAUGAUUUCUUGUACGACUCGGACGAGGAGUACGAUGCCGACGAGGCCCUCCAGGAAGCUAGACGAGUCGGUGGCUGGACUUACUAUUCGACGCUCGCCUCUACGAAAGCGCGGGCUCUUGGCGAACGUGCCGUGGAUGUGCUCAAGUGGACUAUACCGCAUCCCCGCGGUUCAGAGAUCCCCCGGCGCGAACUGCAGACGCAGCUCUUCGGUUCGGGACAAAUCCAGACGAAGAGAUUCAAGGCUCCCAAGGGAAAGAAGAUUCACGUGCCAGUCCGCGUCGAGCCCAAGGUUUACUUUGCUGCCGAAAGAACGUUCCUAGGCUGGCUCGAGUACUCCAUCUAUGUCGGCACGGUGGCCGUCACGCUGCUCAACUUUGGCUCCAAGCCCACCAGCGCGUCAUUCAUUGUCGCUGGCGUCUUCACCCUCCUCGCUAUCCUGUCGCUCUUAUACUCCGUCGUCAUCUAUCUCUACAGAAGCAAGGCCAUCCGCACGCGGAGGGCCGCCAAGUUCUACGACAAGUGGGGCCCCAGUGCUCUCUGCGUCUCCCUGUUCGUCGCUGUCAUGAUUAACUUUGCGUUCGAGGGCCGGGAGCGCAAGUACUGGUGA